CUGUCUGUCUGCUAAUGGAUAUGAUCAAGCGUUACACAUGUGACCAACAUAAGGACACCGUUUUUACUGUAAAGCGCUUUUCUGUGACGAAUUGUUAGGCUACUGUGCUUCUCAUGCGUAACGGGCUUCACGGGAACGAAAGCCAUAAACUGGUACAGGGGUCAACGGAAAAUGAUUAGCCAAGGCGAUUUAGCCUACAUGCGUAUGUUUACAAUGUCAGGAGGGGUAAAAGAUCAUCACAUUGGAAUUUGACACUGGUGAGCGAGCGAGGUCCAUUUGCUGUCGGAGGUUAACUUUUUUGAAGCACAAAUGGAUCCGUUCAGUGCGCCAACACCGAAAGACGCUAUUGAACAAGUGGCAAAGUUUCUAAACUGCAAAUCAACUUCAUAUGAAGUCGCCAAAUUCCUUGACGAACACGACGACUUGCGGCACCUGCGAGAAGAGUUUGUCAUUCCCAAAGUGUCACAACUACCCCCAUCUGACCUGGCGCUGGUGGAUGGCUCGCAGGAGUGCCUCUACUUUGUGGGCAACUCACUGGGGCUGCAGCCAAAGCUGGCCAGGAAGUACCUGGAGGAAGAGCUAGACAAAUGGGAACAGAUGGGUGUACAUGGCCACAUGGUGGGCUCCCGGCCUUGGGCCUGGGCCGAGAACAACAUUGAGAAACUCAUGGCCAACGUUGUAGGAGCUAAAGAAGAAGAGGUUGCCCUCAUGAACGGCUUGACGGUCAACCUUCACCUGUUACUGCUCUCUUUUUACAAACCCACUGCAGAACGGCACAGAAUCCUCUUAGAAGACAAGGCUUUUCCAUCUGACCAUUAUGCCGUGGAAUCUCAAAUCUCCUUGAGAGGUUUCGACCCUGAGAAGAGCAUGUUGUUGAUGUCGCCAAGGGAGGGCGAGGUAACGCUUAGGACAGAGGACAUCCUGCGCACGAUCGAGGAGGAGGGAGAUUCAAUCGCCGUCAUCAUGUUCAGCGGCUUGCAGUACUACACUGGACAGCUCUUCGACAUGGCUGCCAUCACCAAGGUCGGCCAUGCCAAGGGUUGCUACGUGGGCUUUGACUGUGCCCAUGCUGUGGGCAACGCGGAGCUGCGACUGCAUGACUGGGAUGUGGACUUCGCCUGCUGGUGCUCCUACAAGUAUGUGAACUCUGGGGCAGGCGGACUGGCUGGUGCUUACAUCCAUGAGAAGCAUGCCCACACAAUCAAACCUGCACUGACUGGAUGGUGGGGACACAAACUAAAGACCAGAUUUCAGAUGAGCAACCAAAUGGAUCUGCAGCCUGGAAUUGCAGGAUUCAGAUUAUCCAAUCAGCCUAUUCUUCUGGUGUGCCCACUUCAAGCAAGCUUAGAGGUCUUCAACAUGACCAGUAUGAAGGCCUUGAGGAGGAAGUCUCUGCUGUUGACAGGCUACCUGGAGUACCUGAUCCAGCACUACUACAGCAAGGAGGAGUCCAGCCCCCAAAAGGCCUAUGUGGACAUCCUGACGCCCUCCAACCCCCAGGAGAGGGGAUGCCAGCUCUCACUCUCCUUCUCCGUGCCUGUACGCACCAUCUUCCAGGAGAUGGAGAAGAGGGGUGUGGCGUGUGACAUGAGGGAACCCAACGUCAUCAGAGUUGCUCCAGCUCCACUCUACAACUCCUUCUCUGAUGUCCACAGACUUAUCGACACUCUCGGAAAAGCACUGCAAGCAAGUAAUGUGUGUCAGUAGACUGAGCUAACCAGAACCCUGUUUCUUGAAGUCAUAAUUGCUAACCAGUUGGCAACUUAGUAGGUUGCCAGUGUGAAAAUUGCAUUGCAAUCAAGUAAGUUGCUAACUUAGUUACAGGGCUGCUGACAAUUUUGGCAUGUGCUCAGGACAAAUCCAUCUGAAAGUCUUCAUACUGUAUACAUACAAGGUCAUUUGAAAUCAAUUCUGCCCCCCCCCAUCUCCCAAUAUACAGUACAUCCAAUGACUCCCAUCUUCACAUUCUACGACAUCCAAAUAGAUUGAUUCACAGCUGCUUAAAUAAAGAAGCAAUGGCCUUGCAUUGGCUCUUCCCAACUCACUGGAUUUCCUUUCACCCAAUUUCUUGUACAAGUUGAACCACUGGAAUGAUUUUUGAUCAUGCCACAUCAAUUUAAGUUUGGAAAGCACUACUUAGUGUUGCUUUAAAGGUCAAGGUUCACAUGUCCAUUUCCCUCAGCAUUUACUGACAGCAAUACAUUAUGUGCCUCCUGUUUGCCAUAAGUGAUGGCAUGUGUAAUCUGUAAAGAAGUCUAUAUGUGCAUCUUUUCAAUACGGUAUUAAAGAUGACGUUUUACCACA